UAUCUUAAAACUUGGCUGGUUACCUGAUGGAUCCACUUCGAGAGAUCCUUUACACUCCUGAAGCACAAAACUGACGGCAGUGAUCCUCCGGACCUUUGAAAUAUUUUUCCUCACUUUUCGCAUUUAUAUGGAUACGACAACAAUCUAGGAUCCAACUAUUAUUCUAUUUUUUUAUAAUUUGAAUUCGAAUCGCCGUUUCGAGAACCAGCGAAUUGGAUACGAAAAUAUUCGUUCAGUUUUCGCUUUUGGAACCGUGAAUUUUGUGUCGAUGGAAUGAUUCUUCUCUGAUACAGUUCAAAAAGCAAUGUUUGUUUAUAAAUACUAUCAGUGGCGCUCUUUACUGCUUUGAAGAUGCUGUCAUGUUAGUUUUAAUGAAUUUAUAUUUAGUUCUUAUGGAGCUUUUGAAAAUUGUCUGUGUUGAAUAUUGCUAAAAUGCUUUCGCAAAUUCAUCAUUUUAUAUUAGUAACGCAUGCAAAAUACGAAUAACAUUCGACAAAUUAAUAUGUUUUUUCUCCCAGUAAAGCUACAAUAUUUAAUAUUCCGAAGAUGCAUUGUGAAGAAACCUGUUGAAUGCUGCAAUUCCAAAGUGUUUCCAUGACAAGGUGAGCGACUGCGGAGUCAUCGCAUCUUUCCUUGUGAAAGGAAUAACGAUAAGAAGGCGAUUUACAAAACUGAGAUGCAGAAUAUGACCGAUGUAAUUUGGAAUCCAGAACCACGAAAGAGAGAUGAACAAUUCUUGUAAUUCAAGUAGAAAAGUGUACUCUCAACAAACAUAUGUCAAAACACAUCUUUCCAUUCAAUCAUAGCAGAAACUGUUUUUAUAUACUAUAUCCAUGCAGGUGUUCGUAAGAUCUAUGAAAUUUGGUGUACAAUUUGAAUCUGAAGAAAAUUUGUCUACUUUUGAUUAAUAAAGUAGGUUUUCUUUUAAAGAAUAGUUUUAAAACGCCAUUUCCUUAUUACUUUCGCGAUGGAAAAACUAUGUUCUCCUAAUCUGUGUAGUCUAGCUGUUUCUCAGGAGGAAAUUGUACAGAAAGAUUUGCAUACUCCUACAAAAAAGAAAUCGUAUUCAUGCGAUGUUUGCGGUAAAAUGUUUUUUUGUUGGUCUCACUUAACAACUCAUAUACGGACGCAUACGAAAGAGAAACCAUACGCAUGUAAUGUCUGCCAUAAAGCCUUUUCUGACAAAUCAUCGUUCAAUAGACAUAUUCGGACACAUACGAAAGAAAAACCGUACUCAUGUGAUGUGUGUCAUAAAGAAUUUUCUGAAAACUCGCAUUUAAAGGCACAUUUACGGACGCAUACCAAAGAGAAACCGUACGCAUGUGAUGUGUGUCAUAAAGAAUUUUCUCAAAACUCGCAUUUAAACAGGCAUUUGCGAACGCAUACGAAAGAAGAAACAUACCCUUGUGAUGUGUGCCAUGAAGUAUUUCCUGACAAUCGCUCUUUCAGUCGUCAUAUGCGGAUACAUAUAAGACAAAAAAAGUUUGCUUGUAACUUGUGUAAUAAAAUAUUUUCUGACAGCUGGCAUUUAAGAAGACAUUUGCAAGUGCAUACGAAAGAGAAAUCGUUUACAUGUGUUAUUUGUAGCAAAGUAUUUGCUAUGAACUCGGAUUUAAAAGCGCAUUUGCAGACACAUUCGAAAGAGAAACCGUAUUCUUGUGAUGUGUGUCAUAAAGAAUGUUCUCAGAAAUCGAAUUUAAUUAUGCAUUUACGAACGCAUACCAUGGAGAAACCAUACACCUGUGAUGUAUGCCAUAAAGCAUUUGCUAAUAAUUCGAUUUUGAAUCGACAUAUUUGGAGUCAUACGAAACAUAAACCGUUUGCUUGUAAGUUUUGUAAUAAAAUAUUUUCUGACAACUGGCAUUUAAGAACACAUUUGCGGGUGCACACGAAAGAGAAACCGUAUGCGUGUGUGAUUUGUAGUAAAGCAUUUUCUGUCAAAUCGAAAUUAAAGACUCAUUUACGGACUCAUACGAAAGAGAAACCGUACGCUUGUGAUAUUUGCUACAAAAAAUUUUCUGAACCCUCCAAUUUAAAGGCACAUACACGGACGCAUAUGAAAGAGAAACCAUAUAUAUGUGAUAUGUGCCAUAAAGCAUUUUCUGGCAAAUCAUAUUUCAGUAAACACAUUCAGACACAUAUGGAAGAGAAACCGUAAGCAUGCGUCAUCUGUAGUAAAGCAUUUUUUUAAACUCUAAUUUAAAGACGCAUAUAUGGAAAUCCAUGUGCCUGUAGAAUGUGCCAUAAUGUGCAUUUCUGACUGCAUGAAUUCAAAGAUGCGUUUACAGACUCAUAUGAAUACGAAACCAUUUGCAUGUAACUUGGGAAUAGAGAAUUUUCUGACUUUCUGACAAUUCCAGGAAGAAGACAUUUGCGGGCGCUUGCGACAGAGAAACUAUUUGAAUAAGACUUUUGUAGUAAGAAAUUUACUUGUUUAUCUUUUAAAGAGACAUCUGUUGGCAUAUAUCAUAGCAAAAGCUUAAAUAUGAGUAAAGUGAAAUUAGGAAAUACUUUUUUUAUUUUGCAAGCUUUCUUCAACAGAUUUUUAUUGUAAUAAAUUCAUGUA